CUUUUUCCCUAUACCUGCUGCGAGAAAAUCACGAUGCCCAACACGUAUGCUUUCGACAGGUUGACAGGUCUUACUCUUCCGCCCUUUGCUAUAGGAUGCUAAAUGUCUGCAAUAUAUUGGCAUAUAAUUCGUCAAAAUCAAUUUUGUCUGGAUGCAAUACCGUUCGACACCUUGACAGACCUUAAUUUUUGGCGAACAGCAUUUGUUCAUGUGAAUCACUGUACAGGGUCGUCACCGGUAUCAUUACACACGACUAUGUGAUAUACUUGAUUGUAUUGAUAAUCUCUUUGUUAAUAUCAUGUAUUUUCGUUGUUGGUUAGUGACAUUGAGAAGCAUGAAUCGCGUCCACAUUUUGUAGAUACCCCAACAACAGAGUCAAUUCAUGAUUUUUCUCGCCUUAUGAAGAAAGCAUGUCCUUCACGGUGCUUGCUACACCCGAUUUUUUUAUUCCGUGCGCGAGAGGCAUAAAUUAACCAAUAUUGAUGGGCCUGUCAUAUGAACGAUGCACACACACAGCUAUGAUUUCUCACUGGAAGCCGAAUCAGGCAAUGAGGCUGAAAUACGAAGUAAGGCACACAUGCUGCGUCGUGAAGGGUGCUCAACCAAUCAGCCACGUCCAUGUGGUCUUAUUGAGAGGGCGUUACUUGCAUAUUGCGAAUCAGGAGGUGAAGGGCGAUUGCCCUUUCUGUCCCUCCUCUUCAUCGAGCUUAUCAUAAAUAAUGCAGGUGUCCAACUGCUAUGUUCCCACCCAUCGACCUCGGAUCACUUUCCAACAACCACACGUUGCUUAUCUUGAUCAUCAUGGAUUAUGAUUCUCUCGCCGUGAGCGACUUUACCAUGGACAACGUAGUGUGGAACCCUUCCUUUGUCAUGUCCAUCACCGAACCUCCUCCGUCUACUGGAAUGAUAGUAUCGCAACCAUUGAUUCCAAUCCUGACUGGCUCCAUCUGGGAUAGUGGAAUAGUGUACCCUCCAAUAGAAUCUGGAACUGCGGAUACUUGCAUACUGGACUCUUAUGGAUUUCCAACCAACGAGACAGCAUCUUCUGGAUCAAACAUGGCUUCCAGGGCUUUCACUGGACGUAACAAUCAAUUAAACCCCUUAUCCGAUCUUUACGCUCAAAGUCUAUUGUCAUCUUCUCUCGAUACAAGACUUGUGGCCCUCCACACCAAUCAGAGAUCUAUAAGUCGUGAAUCGAAGAGUCGUGAUGUGACUCCAAGGCCGUUCUCUUCCCUACUGGCUGGCUCCAGGACUCCAAGGCUCUUCUCUUCCCCACUGGUUGGCUCCAGGAUUCCAAGGUUCCUUUUUGCCGCCCGGAUGGUUCCAGGACUUAGGCCUCUGUUGGCCGCUGCCGAUGGAUCCAGGCCUUGGCCAACCCUGUUACAUAUACUGGAUGACCCAGGACCAGAGGAUUUCACCGUUUUAUUAUUCGUGACGUUCGUUGCACGCUUCAUCUCAAAAGCAUUUGGUCUUGUCGAUACCCCAUCCAAUAGGUCACAGAUACAGAAUUAUACCUCAAAUCACAUCAAAUCAAAACAAUUUGGUCAGCUCACAGAUUAUAGACGGUAAUGAUAAGGGCAACAACAUCGCACCCCAGCCCUAUCUGUCGCAAAGCGACUAUAACAGCCAGGAACCAAUUACCCCUUCAUCCCGACCCACCCCAUUCCCGAUCACAGAUGAAGAAGCACAAUCUAUCGAAAGAAGCACCUCCGAUAUACAGUGCCACUUCCGAACGAUCACGAAGACCGCCUACCUCUGCACCUUCCAGAGGUGCAACAAACAGUUCUCUCGCAUAACCGAUCUUCACCGCCACCACAGAACCAUACAUAUGGGCAAAGAAAAAUUUCUAUGUCGCUCGGAUGGCUGCGGUAGACAUGUUCGGCCUUUUGCACGCAAAGACAAACGCGACGAGCACGAGAGAAAGAUGCACGGUCCUGCUCGAAGCAGAGCUGAUUACAUGGCUGGCAGUGAUAAAGGAUUGGUGGUA